CGUAAAAUUCUAUAAAUUGGUCAUUCAAAUAUUAAAUAGGAAAUAUCGCUAUUUUUUUUUCUAAAAAAAAAUGAGUACACAAAUUCUCACAAAACAGGUUAAUCUUGAGAAUAAACUUGAGCCGCAUAUUUUAAUAAAAGAUAAAAUUUCACAAAUUUAUCAUAAUACGACUGUUCAUGCAAUUUCAAUUGAUUACGAUAACCUUCCUUCAAAUGAACAGUCAGUACUUAAAAGUACAGCUACUUUUCAUGGAUUGGCUGCAGCAAUUUUUCAUGCUUAUAACAAACAUCAACAUUUACGCUUGACACCUGAUGAUAUUUGGUUAACUAUCGCGCAAGGAGUUAGCCAACAUAUUAAUUAUAAUGCAGAAAAAUUCCGUUAUCGUUUUGUUAAUCAUGAAGGUAAAGAAGAAAUAAGUGUUUAUGUCGAAGAUAUUUUGUAUCAUGAAAAUUCAUGUAUUAAAGGAAAUUGGCCUGAAGCAAUAAAUAGACUAGUCGUAUCAACUGAUGAAGCUGUAAAGAAGAUUGAUAUAAAAUCUCUAUUGAAGUGUAAUUUUUCUACAACAACAAAUAAUUCUCUCACUGCUAGUCGUAUCGUCCUUUUAGAUACUGUUAAAGCUUAUUUUAGUUAUAAGUUAUAUUUUGCUUGUGGAAUCCCCAAGAUUACACUUGAAGGUACUUUAGAAGAUUGGGUAAAAUUACAAGAAAAAGUUACUAAAUUACGUCAAUUAGAUCUAGAUAUGGAUUUUUGGUUGGAUAAAUUAGAUCCUGUUAUUUGGAAAUUUGUAGAAACUUAUAAAGGCGAAAUUGAUGAGGAAUUUUGGGCAAAAAUAAUUUCUUUAAAUUAUUUUGGUUCAGGUGGUGAUUUUGAAGAUUUUGAAGUUAAUGGAUGGAUGACGGCAUUUUUUCCUUAUAAAAAAGAUGGAAAAAUUUUAGAAAACAAUUCCGUUGAACCAAGUGAUAUUCCUAAUGGAAGAGUUGAAGUUCCAUUUACGACUGAUACUGGAUUCUCCUUAAAAUUUGUUUCCGGAUUUUUAGGUUCACAACAGAAAACUCUGGAUGAUUCUAAUGAAGUGGUUGUUUCACCAAUUAUUGGUUGGUUUGUCAUUGAUAAUAAAGAUUCAGAUAAAAAAUGA